CUGUGGUUGUUUACCUCUGGCUGUGGACGGCGGCGGUAGCCUCGGCCUCUCAGACAGUCUCGCCGCCGUCCCGCUCCGAGUUGCUGAGCAUGAGGCCGGACAACACGGUGGCGGGCUCCGUGUACCUGGAGGGUGGUCUGCUGAAGGUGACGGAGGGCUCCCGCUUCAAGCUGCGGCUGUACGGCACGGGCCUGAGGGGGAGCGGGUUGCUGGGCGACGGCGGAGCCCGAGGCCCCGGUCUCUCCUUCGUGGAGGUGAGCGGCCUGCUGGAGACGGCGGCCGGCGGCGCCCGCCAGCAGCGACAGUCCCAGCGGAUCUGCCAGCAGGGCAGCUCGGACAUCGUCAUCCUGGGUUCGAGUCUGUCCGACCGCUCGGUCCUGGUGGAGUUGGAGGCCAUGUACCUGCGGAAGGACGAGAAGAUCAAGUACUACUCGCUGUGCGCCCGGAUCGGGGGUCAGGACGCUCAUGGCUGGGUCAACUUCAAGACUGAGGACUUCCACCUGGCCGUGGUGGAGAAGGAGCGGACAAGCACCCUCAGGUUCCAGAUCCUCAUCUCCUUGCUUUUCCUCUGCAUGUCCACCCUCUUCAGUGUCCUGAACAUCAGCCUGAUGGCUCUGGACCCGGUGGAGCUCAGAGUAAUCAAAAACAGCGGCAACGAGAAAGAGAGGAAAUACUCUGAACGCAUCGAAUCCGUGAGGAGACAUGGCAACUACCUGCUGUGCACCUUGCUGCUGGGAGAUGCCCUGAUGAACUGCUCCCUGACCGUCUGGCUUUGUGAGAUGUUCCACAGCACAUGGCUGACAAUCCUGGUCUGCACCAGUUGUAUAUUUUUCUUUGGAGAUAUCCUCCCUCACGCUAUCUGCUCUCGACAUGGCCUGGCCCUAGCUUCCAAGACCAUCUGGGUGACUAAAUUUUUCAUGGUCAUCAGCUUUCCAGCCUCGUACCCCAUCAGCAAACUCCUGGACGUUAUCUUGCAGCAGCAGAUCAGCAACUUCUAUACAAGGGAAAAACUGAUCGAGAUGCUCAAGGUGACUGAUCCUUACCAUGAUCUAGUUAAAGAGGAGCUCAACAUCAUUGAGGGAGCCCUUGAACUCAGGAAGAAGAUAGUCGAAGAUGUCCUGACCCCUUUGGGCGAUUGCUUCAUGCUGAGCUCUGAGGCCAUCCUGGACUUUGCGACCAUGUCAGAAAUCAUGCAGAGUGGCUAUACAAGGAUUCCUGUCUACGAGAAUGAACGCUCAAACAUUGUUGACAUACUUUUUGUGAAAGAUUUGGCCUUUGUUGAUCCAGAUGAUGGCAUGCCUUUAGCAACAAUGACAAAGUUUUAUAACCAUCCUCUGCAUUUCGUGUUUAAUGAUACAAAACUGGAUUCUGUGCUGGAAGACUUUAAAAAAGGGAAAUCGCACUUGGCAAUAGUGCAGAGAGUCAACAAUGAGGGAGAAGGUGAUCCUUUCUAUGAAGUAAUGGGUAUUGUCACUUUGGAAGACAUAAUUGAAGAAAUUAUAAAAUCAGAGAUCUUGGAUGAAACAGACAUUUACACUGACAAUCGUUCAAAGAAAAUAGCUCACAGGGAACGAAAGCGGCAAGAUUUCUCACUGUUCAAAAACUCAGAAAGCGAUUCAAGAGUCAAGGUAUCUCCUCAACUUCUACUAGCAACUCACCGGUUUUUAGCAACAGAGGUGGAACCUUUUAAAAGCACAUAUAUAUCAGACAAGAUUCUGCUAAGGCUUCUCAAACAUCCUAACGUCAUCUGGGAAUUAAAGUACGAUUGGCAAAACAGACAGUCCCUCGACCACUAUCUUUACCAACGGAAUAAACCUGUUGAUUAUUUUGUACUUAUCUUACAGGGAAAGGUGGAAGUUGAAAUAAGCAAAGAAGGCUUGAAAUUUGAAAAUGGAGCAUUCACUUAUUACGGUGUACCUGCACUCUUAUCUUUGGCUUCUACAGUCACUAGAUCACCAUCUCACAGCAGUGGAGGACAAUGGACAGACCAAGGAAAUCGGACAGAACGGGUUGAAUUUGGGGGUGCAACCUAUCAACAAAGCAUUAGUAGUUAUUCCUACAUUCCAGACUACUCUGUGCGGUUGUUAACUGACGUCCAGUUUGUGAAGAUCACGAGGAUGCAGUAUGCAAAUGCAUUAGCAGCAACCAAACUGGAGAAUUCUCCCCAGACCCCUGAACCUGAUACGGCGAUAUCAGCAUCAGCAAGCAAAGAUCCAACCCUUAGCAUGUCCACCGAAACUACUAACUUGUUAAAUGGAAUGAACCCUGUUAUUCGUAAGUCAUAUCCUUGAUGAAAAUUUGGUAUAGCUUGCUUGGAUGCCCUGACUUCUUAAAAGUGCAUUCAGCUUGUGUAUAUCAGUGUAUUAACAGACUUCAGUGCCAGGCAUUCUGGCCUUUUCUUAAUUUAGAAAGGAAAAGUGGAGAUUUGAGAUCAACUAAAUACUCUGCUUUAACUGAAGCAAGAUUGUUCGUUUGCACUUGAACUUAUGGCUCCUGUUGCAAUAAUAUUUGAUAUGAAUCUUUAAACUUCAUGCCUGUGACUAUGCAACCUUGGUUGUUUGCCGUCCUUGUUGUUCACUGUACCUUAAACCCUGCACUGACACGUCUUGAGUAUGUUUACAAUGUCUACGGCCUCACAUGAAGCAUUAAAGGCUGGUGAACUGUGAAGAAUGCUGAUUACAAAAUUCAUUGGAAUG